AUGGAAAUUCUGUGGAAAACGUUGACUUGGAUUUUGAGCCUCAUCAUGGCUUCUUCAGAAUUUUAUAGUGACCACAGACUUUCAUACAGUUCUCAAGAGGAAUUCCUGACUUAUCUUGAACACUACCAGCUAACUAUUCCAAUAAGAGUCGAUCAAAAUGGAGCUUUUCUCAGCUUUACUGUGAAAGAUGAUAAGCACUCAAGGAGAAGACGGAGUAUGGACCUUAUUGAGCCACAGCAGGCGGUGUCUAAAUUAUUUUUUAAACUUUCAGCCUAUGGCAAGCACUUUCACUUAAACUUGACUCUCAAUACAAAUUUUGUGUCCAAACAUUUUACAGUAGAAUACUGGGGGAGAGAUGGACCCCAAUGGAAACAUGAUUUCUUAGACAACUGUCACUACACAGGAUAUUUGCAAGAUCAACAUAGUACAACUAAAGUGGCUUUAAGCAACUGUGUUGGAUUGCAUGGUAUUAUUGCUACAGAAGAUGAAGAAUAUUUUAUUGAGCCUCUAAAGAAUACUACAGAGGAUUCCAAACAUUUUAGUUAUGAAAAUGGCCAUCCUCAUGUUAUUUACAAAAAGUCUACACUCCAGCAACGACAUAUCUAUGAUCAUUCUCAUUGUGGGGUUUCAGAUCUCACAAGACAUGGCAAACCUUGGUGGCUGAAUAAGACAUCUGCUUUUUCUUCUUUCCUACCAAUUAAUGACACACAUCUUCACCACAGACAGAGAAGAUCUGUGAGCACUGAGAGAUUUGUGGAGACACUGGUAGUGGCAGACAAAAUGAUGGUGGGCUACCAUGGCCGUAAAGACAUUGAACAUUAUAUUUUGAGUGUGAUGAAUAUUGUUGCCAAACUUUACCGUGACUCCAGUCUAGGAAACGUUGUGAAUAUUAUAGUGGCUCGCUUAAUUGUUCUCACAGAAGAUCAGCCAAACUUGGAGAUAAACCAUCACGCAGACAAGUCCCUCGAUAGCUUCUGUAAAUGGCAGAAAUCCAUUCUCUCCCACCAAAGUGAUGGAAACACCAUUCCAGAAAAUGGGAUUGCCCACCACGAUAAUGCAGUUCUAAUUACUAGAUAUGAUAUCUGCACUUAUAAAAAUAAGCCCUGUGGAACAUUGGGCUUAGCCUCUGUGGCUGGAAUGUGCGAGCCUGAAAGGAGCUGCAGCAUUAAUGAAGACAUUGGCCUGGGUUCAGCUUUUACCAUUGCACAUGAGAUUGGUCACAAUUUUGGUAUGAACCAUGAUGGAAUUGGAAAUUCUUGUGGAACGAAAGGUCAUGAAGCAGCAAAACUUAUGGCAGCUCAUAUUACUGCAAAUACCAACCCCUUUUCCUGGUCUGCCUGCAGCCGCGACUAUAUCACCAGCUUUCUAGAUUCAGGCCGUGGUACUUGCCUUGAUAAUGAGCCUCCCAAGCGUGACUUUCUUUAUCCAGCUGUGGCCCCAGGUCAGGUGUACGAUGCCGAUGAGCAAUGUCGUUUCCAGUAUGGAGCAACAUCCCGCCAAUGCAAAUACGGGGAAGUGUGUAGAGAGCUCUGGUGCCUCAGCAAAAGCAACCGCUGUGUCACCAACAGUAUUCCAGCUGCCGAGGGGACACUAUGUCAGACUGGGAAUAUUGAAAAGGGGUGGUGCUAUCAGGGAGAAUGUGUUCCUUUUGGCACUUGGCCCCAGAGCAUAGAUGGGGGUUGGGGUUCCUGGUCGCUGUGGGGUGAAUGCAGCAGGACCUGCGGGGGAGGCGUCUCUUCAUCCCUAAGACACUGUGACAGUCCAGCACCUUCAGGAGGUGGAAAAUAUUGCCUUGGAGAGAGAAAACGGUAUCGCUCUUGCAAUACAGAUCCAUGCCCUUUGGGUUCCCGAGAUUUUCGAGAAAAACAGUGUGCAGACUUUGACAGUAUGCCUUUCCGGGGAAAGCAUUAUAACUGGAAACCCUAUACUGGAGGUGGGGUCAAACCUUGUGCAUUAAACUGCCUGGCUGAAGGCUACAAUUUCUACACUGAGCGGGCCCCUGCGGUCAUAGAUGGAACCCAGUGCAAUGCUGACUCACUGGAUAUCUGUAUCAACGGAGAAUGCAAGCAUGUAGGUUGUGAUAAUAUUUUGGGAUCUGAUGCUAGGGAAGAUAGGUGCCGAGUCUGUGGUGGGGAUGGAAGCACCUGUGAUGCCAUUGAAGGGUUCUUCAAUGACUCAUUGCCCAGAGGAGGUUAUAUGGAAGUGGUGCAGAUACCAAGAGGCUCUGUUCAUAUUGAAGUAAGAGAGGUUUCCAUGUCAAAAAAUUACAUUGCUUUAAAAUCUGAAGGGGAUGAUUACUAUAUUAAUGGUGCCUGGACUAUUGACUGGCCUAGGAAAUUUGAUGUUUCUGGGACAGCUUUCCACUACAAGAGACCAACAGAUGAACCAGAAUCCUUGGAAGCCCUAGGACCCACCUCUGAAAACCUCAUUGUAAUGGUUCUACUCCAAGAACAGAAUUUGGGAAUUAGGUACAAGUUCAACGUUCCCAUCACUCGUCAUGGCAGUGGAGAUAAUGAAGUUGGCUUUCUGUGGCAUCAUCAGCCCUGGUCAGAGUGCUCAGCUACUUGUGCUGGAGGUGUCCAAAGACAAGAAGUGGUCUGUAAAAGACUAGAUGACAACUCCAUCGUCCAGAGCAAUUUCUGUGACCCUGACAGUAAGCCGCCUGAAAAUCAAAGAGCCUGCGACACUGAGCCCUGCCCACCCGAAUGGUUCAUUGGAGACUGGUUGGAGUGCAGCAAGACUUGUGAUGGCGGGAUACGCACAAGAGCCGUGCUCUGCAUCAGGAGGAUUGGACCGUCUGAGGAGGAAACACUGGACUACAGUGAUUGUCUAACACACCGGCCCAUGGAGAAAGAGUCCUGCAACAACCAGUCAUGUCCACCUCAGUGGGUAGCUUUGGACUGGUCUGAAUGUACUCCAAAAUGUGGUCCAGGAUUCAAGCAUCGGAUUGUUCUGUGCAAGAGCAGUGACCUUUCUAAAACAUUCCCAGCUGCACAAUGUCCAGAGGAGAAUAAGCCUCCUGCUCGCAUCCGCUGCAGCCUGGGCCGCUGUCCUCCUCCCCGCUGGGUGACAGGAGACUGGGGCCAGUGCUCUGCUCAGUGUGGCCUUGGGCAGCAGAUGCGAUCUGUCCAGUGUCUCUCGUACACUGGACAGGCAUCUGUUGACUGUCCAGAGACUGCUCGGCCUCCGUCCAUGCAGCAGUGUGAGAACAAAUGUGACAGUACUCCUAUCUCCAGUACUGAAGAGUGCAAAGAUGUGAACAAAGUGGCUUAUUGCCCACUGGUGCUGAAGUUCAAAUUCUGUAGCAGAGCAUACUUCAGACAGAUGUGUUGUAAGACCUGCCAAGGAUACUGACCCACGGAAGCCAG